AUGUCCGGUCGUUUCGUCCGUUCUUCCAAAUACCGUCACGUCUUCGGACGCUCGACGAGAAAGGAUCAAUGCUAUGACAACCUCCAUAUCUCGAACAAUGCCUGGGAUACCAACCUGGUCAAGGUCAACCCGAAAUACCUGUCUGUGAACUGGGAAGCUGGCGGUGGCGGCGCCUUUGCUGUCUUGCCCCUCAACGAGCGCGGAAAGCUCCCCGAGAGAAUUCCCCUCUUUCGCGGCCACACCGCUGCGGUCCUCGACACCGACUGGAAUCCCUUUAACGAUGAUCUGAUUGCUUCCGGCUCCGACGAUGGCAAGGUGUUCCUCUGGCGGGUUCCGGAGGACUUCAGUGUUGUCCCCGACGUCCCUUCCGACGACAUCCGCGAUGUCUCCCCCGUUGGCAAGCUGAGCGGUCAUCCCAAGAAGAUCGGCCACGUGCUCUUCAACCCCGCUGCCGAGAACAUCCUAGCCACCGCCUCGGGUGAUUUUACUGUCAAGAUCUGGGAUAUCGAAGCCGGCGCGCCCAAGUUGACCCUGAAGCUGGGGGAUAUCGUUCAAUCGCAAUCGUGGAGCGCGAACGGCUCCCUCCUCGUCACCACCUCUCGCGAUAAAAAGCUCCGGAUUUGGGAUGUGCGUCAGGAACGUCCAGCGCAUGAGACACAGGGCCAUUCGGGAGCCAAGAACAGCCGCGCUGUCUGGCUGGGUGAGCGGGACCGCAUCGCAACCACCGGUUUCUCCAAGAUGAGUGACCGUCAGCUCGCUCUCUGGGAUAUCCGUGCCCCCCGCGAGCCCAUCAACGGUUUCAAGGUGCUUGAUUCGAUCUCUGGUGUCUGCAUGCCUUUCUGGGAUGAGGGCACUCAAUGCCUGUACCUGGCUGGCCGAGGUGACGGCAACAUCCGCUAUUUCGAACUCGAAAAUGACAAGUUCGAGUACCUCGCCGAGUACAAGUCUGCCGACCCCCAGCGUGGCAUUGGAUUCAUGCCCAAGCGCGGCGUGAACAUCCAUGAGAACGAGGUUGCCCGGGCCUACAAGACCGUCAACGACACCUACAUUGAGCCGAUUUCUUUCAUCGUGCCCCGUCGCUCCGAGAACUUCCAGGAUGAUAUCUACCCUCCGACGACUGGUCUGAAGGCGGCCAUGGGUCCUACCGAGUGGCUUGAGGGCAAGGAAGCUAUUCCUCCGAAGAUCUCGAUGGCAAGCCUCUUCGAAGGUGAGGGCUUAAAGGAGGUGACUGGCGUGCAGGACAAGCCGACCUCGACGAUAAGCGCCCCCGAACCCAAGCCGGAACCCGAGCCGAAGGCAGCCGAGCCGACUCCGGCGAAGAAAGCCCCUGAGCCGACUCCCGAGCCCACCCCGAUGGUCAAGCCUGCUCCCUCUAUGAAGGAGCAGGGCGCCUCCAUGGCUGCCAUGGUGAACAAGUUCGCCGACAAGGAGGACGAGGAACCCGAGCCUACUGAGCAGGACUCGAGCUUCGACGAGGUCCCGAAGCCGGCUGAGCGGCCCACUCGGUCUGCCGAGACGGCCUCCCCGUCUGUGAAGACCAGCCCGUGGCAUAAGAAGGAAGAGCCGAAGUCGCAGGCCACUACUCCGACUACUGCCGAGCGCUCCCCUGCCCCUAGCACUCCUGCCGUCAGCACGCCCCCGGCCAGCUCCACCACCGCCACCGCCAAUACUGUCGCCGACGCUGUCGGACGCGAGCUGGGCGCCAUCAAAGACCUGCUCAACCAGCAGACGAAGACAAUCGCUGAGCAGGCGCAGCAAAUGCAGAACCUGACCGCGGAGAUUGAAUCCCUCAAGGCCAAGCUGGGCUAG